GGUCAAACUAUAGAAACAAACAAACCGUGAACAGAUCUCCGCCUUGUCUGGACCGGGUCAGUCCGGUGUGAACAGAUCUCCGCCUUGUCUGGACCGGGUCAGUCCGGUGUGAACAGAUCUCCGCCUUGUCUGGACCGGGUCAGUCCGGUGUGUAGAGAUUCGGACAGGAAUCCUUUAAAACUCUUCACAAAGCGCUCAGGAUGUCUGAUAUACUGUGUCGGUGGCUGAACUCGGAGCUCCGGUUAUCCAAAACCGUCGAGCCUCUUUCUUUGGCCAAAGACUUCUCUAGCGGUUAUCUGCUGGGUGAAGUCCUGCACAAACACCAGCUCCAGGAGGAUUUCCACCAGUUCUCCAAACACAGCACAGCUAACGCCAAGCUGAACAACUUCACACGUCUAGAGCCCACGCUACAGCUCCUGGGCGUGACCUUUGACCUGAGCAUGGCCAAAGCAGUGAUGCAGGGCCAGCAGGGUGCGGCCACACGUCUGCUCUACCAGCUCUACAUCCUGCUGCAGAAGAAGACGCGGGUUGGGCUGACGAGCACCAUGCUGGAGACCAUGCAGCCUGCAGCCGUAGCCAGACUGCAGCGUGUGGAGAAGCACAUCUACACUCAGAGUUUGAGGACGAUGGUGAAGCGUGAGGCAGACGUGAAGAUGCAGAAGAUCGCGCAGCGUUUUGAUAAGAGAGGCCGUGAUGCGUACAGCCGCUCAGUGAUAGCUGAAGUGGAGCGAGAGGAGAGGAGACGCCACCUGCAGGAGCAGACGAGACUGCAGGACAUCCGGAAGCACCGACAGGCCCGUAGGAAGCAGCAGGAGAUAAUGAACCGCAUUCAGACAGCUACAGUGCAGAUCCCCAAACCCCCAGUGAGUCGUUCAGUCAGAGUGAUGGGCAAACACAGACAACACCACCAACCAGACGCUCAGAACAUUUGUUAUCAGAUCAGUGAGUUUGAGAAGAACAGGAUGAGACUGUCUCCUGCAUCAUGUCCAGCCUCUGUCAGUGUGCAGGUGAACGAGGAGCAGAUGGAGGAAUGGAACAAUGCUUACGUGCAGAAGAUCAGGAAGCGUUUGGAGGAGGAUGCACUGGCACGGGAGGAGAGAGAGAAACGCCGCCGCCGAGCGCUAAUCCAACAGCUACACACACACCAGACACACGAGGAGAUGUUGCGGGAGGAGCAGCUGAUUGGCCGGUUAAUGCGGCAGUCACAGCAGGAGAAGCGAAUCGCAGUGCAGCUCAUGCAGAUCCGCCAGGAGAAGGAGGUUCUGAGACAAAACCGUAUCCUGAGAGAGACAGAGAUCCACAACCAGAGGCUGAGAGACGCUCAGCAGGCCCUGGAGCGAGAGGCAGCUCUGCUGGAGCAGGACCAAAUCAGUCGCGAGGCAGAGCUGUGUAAAGAGCUGGAACUUCACAAGCGUCUGAUGGCCGAGCGCGUUCAGUCUAAACACCGCAAACACCUCAACACCUGCAGGGGGAUUCUGGAGCAAAUUGUGGAUCUGGCAACCAAAGCUGGAGAAUACCGCCUGCUCACUGCUAAUCUGAUCCCAAUAAAGCUUAUAAGGGAGUGGAAGGAGUUGUGGAUGUGCGGGAAGCCAUUGUAUGAGGAGGAGUCAAGUCCAGAGCUGGACAUCGAGCUGGAGAAAGUUCACAUCCUCAACCAGCAGGACUACACUGACUACACGAGUAUGACAGGGGAGUGGGCAUGGCCUGAAGAAGGUGAGAGUAGAGCUCCACCCCCCAAUAACGACAUCCUGGGUCACAUUGUGAGUCAUUUGUGUAACCUGGCUAAUCCACCAGAACUGACUCCACCCCCUGCGUUCCCUCACUGCCCACUCCGAGCCUGUGUUCUGGGAAAAGUCUGCUCUGGAAAGACCACCUGCCUCAACCGGAUCAGCCAGGCUCAUGGUGUUCACGUUCUGUCAGCUGAUGCACUGGUCCAGGAAGCACUGGAAGCUCACCGCACUGGAGACCCUGAGGACGAGGUGAAAACAGGAAGCAGUGACUCUCCUCAACAGGAAGUGUGUAGCGAUGGGGCGGAGCCACUGUCUGCUCCACACACAGAGCCGGGAACUCACAGCCUGGAACACUGCACAGAGUCUUUGCUCACUCAGCGUGGUGCAGCUGUGGAAGAGGCACUUAAAGCAGGCAGAGGUGUUCCUGAUGACCUGCUCAUCAACAUCAUCACAGACGCAAUCAGGAAGGUUCCCUCAGGUCAGGGUUGGGUUCUGGACGGGUUUCCUGUGGAGCACUCUCAGGCUCAGCUGCUGGAGAAGGCUCUGGGUGGAGCUGACCUGGAUCAGGACCACACACAGGGGCGAGAUAAGAGUCACGAGCUAGCUGUGGACAGGAACGCCCCUCAGGCUCCACCCCCAGCCUCACCUGUGCUGCAUAUAGCUCUGUUGCUGGAGGUGUCAGAUGAGCAGGUGCUGCAACGAUAUCAACAACUUCAGGAGGGAGAGAUAAACUCUGAGCAUUCAGGGAGGAGUCAAGAGCAGAGGCAGGUCCAGCACAGGAUUCUGGGUUUUCAGGACGCUUGGCCUGGACUGGAGGAGUGGUUUGGAGUGGAACAGAAGAUCUUGGUGAAGGUGAAUGGAGAUGUGGAUGAGGAGUCUCUGUACAGAUCAGUGGAAACAGUGCUGCUAUACGUGAUGGACACUGCAGAAAAAGGGUCACACACCCAGGUACACACAGCAACAGACGACAACACAUCUGAGAUUACAGACAUCCAGAAACCAGGAUCAGACCACUGCAGUGAUUCUAGGAGGCUGUCUGUUUCUUCCUUGUCAAUUGCUGAAGCCCCGUCUACUGAGCCUGGCUCCUCCUCCUGGGUAUAUGUGGAUGAUCAGUUACCCAAGGAGGUGUCAUAUAACCUGCUUUCACAAUGGGAGAACAUAUGCAGCUCAUACGUCUGCAACAUUAAAGCUGUGAUGCAGAAUCUGCGCAAGGAGCGGAACCUGAUUAUACACCACCUCUACAACAUCAGAGAGGAAUAUAAAAAGUACCUGAUGAAACCAGAUCUGAAGCAGGAGUUUGUGUGUGUGUGGCAGCGUGAAUAUAACAGUGUGUCAGACGAUAUGAGGCACGAAGAAGAGACCAAAACAGAACUACACCAGAGACUGGAGGAUCUGCGUGAGCGCCUGUGGGAUAUGUGUGAUAAGAGGAGAGACGAGGCAAAGCAGGAGAAAGCAGCGCUUACAGAAGACGACUGGCUUCAGAAUCACACUUCUGUUCUUAUUAACCACUACUGUACUCUCAUACAGGCCCUCCUCAACAGACUCCUCCAAACUGAAAGAUUGUGUUCACCCUGAUGAGAAGCUCCUGCUGGAUUUCCAUCACAGUGCGGUCACUGCUGUCACACACAUGGUAACAGCAGAGAUGCAGCAGUUGGAGCAGGAGGAGAAUGAGGAAUUGCAGGAGCAGAUGAAGAGAGACACAACACACACACAGUCACACACUCCAGUCCCCACAACACAGUCUGCUAAAGACAAGAAGAAAGGAAGCA